AUGGAUAAUAGAGAAUUUUAUUUAGAUGUAAUAUAACGUCCAUCAACACCUUAUUUGAUAAUUUAAUCAAGACAUAAGAAGCAGAAGAAGUAAGAAAAAGCAGUUUUAGUUAUAUCAUUUUAAAAUGCUGAACCUAUUAAAAUAGUAUAGUUCUAAUAUAUUAUAUAGGGAAGAGGUCAUUAAUGUGAUAUAUAAAUCUCAGACAUUUCAGUAUCCAGAUUGCAUGCUUAUAUCAAAUAUUAAGAUGGACUUUUAUCAUUUUUGAUAAUAAAAGUAAAUUUGGACCUCUAGGCAAAUUAAUUCAAUCGUAUCAAAUUGAAUAACAAAAAGUAGACAUCUAAGUAAUACUAUUUAAUAUAAAAGGUUGGACGAACAGUCUUGA